AUGGACCCGGAUGCGGACGCCGGAAUGGGACGCAGGCCGGGAACUAGGGGCGGGGAAGCAGGGCUCGCGAGCCUCGGGCUGACCUGCGGCCUCGGGACCCCGCCCAGCGCCGCUCAGCUGACGGCCGCCCAACCUCCCAGUUCCCAGCCGGGAAAAUCCCCGCCCCCGCCCCCGCAGGCCCCGCCCCGAAUAAGGCGUCAUCCGGGGGCCCCGCCCAUCUCUCCCGCCCCUAACGCGCUACCGCUCCUCCCCUUUAAGGCCGGGACCUGCAGUCCUGCGCGGUUCCGCAGCGCUGCAGCCCCGCAGCUCCAGCCUGGACUCGUGGUGGCGGGUAGGACUAAUGGAUUGAUCUGGAUUAUAUCUGACAACCAGUUCGUGCAGCGCGGCAGCUGCCAGCUGCCCUCCGAGUGGAGACCCCUGAGCGAGGGCUGCCGCGCCGAGCUGGCGGAGAUCAUCGUGUACGCCAAGGUGCUGGCGCUGCACCCGGAGGUGCACAGCCUGUACAACUACCUGCCGUGGCAGUACGAGGCCAGCCAGGGCGGGCUGCUCUACUCGGCCGAGGUCGAGAUGCUGUGCGACCAGGCGUGGGGCAGCAUGCUGGAGGUGCCCGCCGGCUCCCGGCUCAACCUCACUGGCCUGGGCUACUUCUCCUGCCAUUCCCACACCGUGAUGCAGGACGACUCCUAUUUCUUCUUCCUCAGGAUGGAUGAAAAUUAUAACCUCUUGCCUCAUGGAGUCAACUUCCAGGAUGCUGUCUUUCCAGACACGCAGGAGAACAAGAGGAUGUUUUCCAGCCUCUUCCAGUUUUCAAACUGCUCUCAAGGGCAGCAGCUGGCAACUUUCUCCAGUGAUUGGGAGAUCCAGGAAGACAACAGGCUCCUGUGCUCGUCGGUCCAGAAGGCCCUGUUCGAGGAGGAGGACCACGUCAAGAAGCUGCAGCAGAAGGUGGCCACCCUGGAGAAGCGGAACCGGCAGCUCCGCGAGAGGGUGAAGAAGGUCAAGCGGUCCCUGCGGCAGGCGCGGAAGACCAGCCGCCACCUGGAGCUGGCGAACCAGAAGCUCAGCGAGAAGCUGGCGGCGCCCGCGGGCCCCCUCCCACACAUCAACGCCCCGAAGCCGCAGGGUGGCCGCCGCCCGGCCGGCUACCUCCGCGGAUAGGACGAGGCCAGCGCCGACAGACGGCGAGCAGACGAUGACGGGUGUUUGACAGGCGUACACGUCAAUCCUUUGCAUGUGGUAGAAUCGAACUGGUCAAAAUGGCGACCACGUUGGAUGCUAGCUUUCCUGCCGUUAGCAUCAGACCCCCAUGGCUGCCCCGCUCAGGGUCGGGAUUCUGGAGGCAGGUGGUUCCCAGAGUGCCCUGCGCUUGUCAGUCAGCCUAGCUUCCGGUCUCAGCUCAACUUCCGGCCUCAACUCAACUUCCGGUCUUAGCUUAACUUCCGGCCCCUGCUUAACUUCCGGUUUCAGCUUCGCAUCUGGCCACAACCCUGUGAUUUAGGGCUUAGGGAAGUGCGAUGACGAGGGAAAGAACAUUUUAGACUGUCUAGAUGUGCAGGAGAGACGGGGGCUUAGGGAUUGUUUCAGCAAGAUCAGUGAUUUCCAAGCAAUAAGCUUCAGAACAAUCUUGACAGGCAGUCUGAAGCAAGUGAAAGAACCUUCUGGAAUGUCCUUUUCCACACCAUUUCAAGGGGACUGGUGGCAUUGGACAGCACCCACGAAUGCCUACGAAAAAAAGAUGUGCGAGGCUGCCAACAUUCCCUCGUAGCUGAAGCACAUUAAGGCGUAGUGAGCUCAUCACAGAGAAGGGACGUGAGCUGGGCGUCGAGCAGCGGGUAAUUAAACAAAAUGGAUUAUACCUGAUUCCCAGCUCCAGCCCCCCAGAGUUGAAGACAUUACCUACGGGUCACUUGAUUCUAGAGGGGAAUUGCCUUGAUGGACCUGUUAUGUUUCAUCAGUCAUUGGAGAGCCUGCUAAAUUUAGCUCCUGCUAAAUUCUGACACAUUUGUUUCCUCAAUAAUUUCUUUGAUCACCUUUGAAUUGGAAGUGAACCGACCCAAUACACUGUGAGCUUCCCUUCUACAAACACUCUUCUUACACAUUAGGGUUGAGUGACCUCUCAUAUACCCACCCAGAACCCCGGCAUCUUGGUCCAGACAGUCCCUCUCUUCGUUUUUAUGUAAACAACAUUCCAUUCACUCAGGCCCUGACACCAGUAAUUGCACAUCUAUCCAUGCGCCCUUAGUCCAAUUUCUAUAUAUAAUUAUAACACUUCACCCUCCUUGGAAGCUUUUCAAAGAUUUUUUUUUAAUCAGUUCUUUGGAGUUGAUUCUGACCCAUCACAACCCCGAUGUACUGAGUGGAACCACGCUCUUUGGGUUUUCAUGGUUGUGACUGUUUGGAAGCAUCUUGCCAGGCCUUUCUUCCAAGGUGCCUCUGGGUGGAUUAAAAGUGCCAGCAUUUUGGUUAGUAACCAUGCACUUAGCUGUUUGUACCACCCAUGAACCUUAAAAAGCAACACAGCCAAUGAAGAAGAGACCAUUGACUAUCUCCAUCGCCACCCAGGAACUUACACACAUGCAACCGAGUCCCAAGUGUCUAUUAAGAAGUCAGCUAUGUGGCUGUCGGUAGUCAUCUUCUGAUGUUGACCUCCCAAAGCAAGUUCUGUUCCAGUAUUAGAAACUGCUUCCCCUUCAUCAGGCCUGGAACCCUUCAAUGGCCUGAGGAGGUACUUCUGGGCCCUGGCUACUGCCCUCUGCAUCCGGAAGGACAAUUGCUGCCAGGCUUUCAUUCUUCUUUGAGGGAAACCUGUCCUUUGUGCUGAUAGUCUAGGGACAUGACCCAUAUGUUCACUUGAGUCUGGUGGCUAUGGGGCUACCAUUAAGAACCUGGGAAGAAAUCUUUGCCCUGGGUUGGAUAGAAUUGGUGGUGGUGAUGGGGGCUCUUGCUCAAGAGUACUUGCAUUUCCAAGCUUCACUAGAUGUAUUCUUCACAGCGGGGUGCAAUAGAAGGUGCAUCCUCCAGUUUGCUCCUCCUGGUUGCUUCGACAGAGGGAAUGAAGCCUGGGGGUGAUUUUCAGCAAGUGCUUGAGGGACUUGGGAAGCUGGGUCCCCACAGAUGCCUUUUUUUGUUUUUAAUUCUGUGUUUUCAAUAAAUAAGAGCAGUGAUUUCAAGCACAGCAACCACGCCAUGUGUGUUUCUUUCAGGUCAGGGAGGUUUCAGGAUUUCCAGCUUUUGCCUGGAAAAGCGAUUGGAAA